CAGUUUGCGUCAGAAUGUGGGUGGAGUCGACUAAUGGCUGACGGUUCUCGUGGUGUAUUAAAAUUGACAGUCAAUUUCAGAACAACAAUCGCGGAAAUAUUCGCCUCCAAUCGACGCUCGUAAUGUCAUGUAGAUGGAUGAAUGCGUUCAGAUUGAUACUGUUUGGACAUAAGGCGUGAUUAUCGAAUGGUUUAGGAUGAAGUUGAACUCUUCUUUUUUUCCCUCCUCGCGUGUCUGUGUUGACGCUCGCGUGUUGUCUUUGUAGAAGAUUUCCUGUGCGUGCGUGUUUGUUUACAUGAAUUCUUCAGUUUUACCGUAUUGUAAGAGUAAAACAUUUUAAAUCUAUUGUUUUUGUGCACGCAUCGUGUCAGUCACAGGGUGGCAACUAUAUGAAUUUAAGGUGGGUCAUUCAGCAGUCACGGGCGCAGAGAUUCUACUUCAAUAUGGGAAACGUUUUUCUUGAGCAAGGCUGAAAAAAACCGGUCCAGAUCUCGCAUUUCUCUGUCUUCAUACAUCUUUUAUCUAAGUUUAUCAUUGCCUUUUGGAGUUCUGGAUUUGCCAAGUUUGGGAAUUGCUGGCACUUUCGUGAUUACAGAGUUUACAGUAUAUUUGGUGCAAUGGUGGUCAAUACGAUCCACUGGUUUAGAAAGGGCUUGAGGCUCCAUGACAACCCAGCACUGCGGGACUCUAUUGUGGGAGCGGACACUCUGAGAUGCGUUUACAUACUGGACCCCUGGUUUGCGGGAUCGUCCAACGUGGGAAUCAGCAGAUGGAGGUUUUUACUGCAGUGUCUGGAGGACUUAGAUGCCAGCCUCCGCAAACUGAACUCUCGCCUCUUUGUUAUCAGGGGACAACCCACGGAUGUCUUUCCAAGGCUAUUUAAGGAGUGGAAAAUUACCCGGCUGUCAUAUGAGUACGACUCCGAGCCCUUCGGGAAGGAUCGAGAUGCAGCCAUUAAGAAGCUGGCUACUGAAGCAGAGGUGGAAGUCUUCGUCAGGAUCUCCCACACACUCUAUGAUCUGGACAAGAUCAUAGAGUUAAAUGGAGGGCUGUCUCCUCUCACCUAUAAGCGAUUUCAGAUGCUCAUCAGCAGAAUGGAGCCUGUGGAAACACCAGCAGAGACAAUUACAGCUGAAUUAAUUGGCAGAUGCAGCACACCCAUUACCGAUGACCAUGAUGACAAGUUUGGGGUGCCUUCGCUGGAGGAGCUGGGUUUUGAGACCGAGGGGCUGACCUCAGCAGUGUGGCCUGGUGGAGAGACUGAAGCUCUGACUCGUUUAGAGAGGCAUUUGGAGAGGAAGGCAUGGGUGGCUAAUUUUGAGCGUCCCAGAAUGAAUGCUAAUUCCUUGCUGGCCAGCCCCACAGGCCUGAGCCCUUACCUCCGCUUUGGCUGCCUCUCUUGCAGACUUUUCUACUUCAAACUCACAGACCUCUACAGAAAGGUUAAGAAGAACAGUAUCCCACCACUGUCACUUUACGGUCAGCUGCUCUGGCGUGAGUUCUUCUACACGGCUGCCACUAACAACCCGCAUUUUGACAAGAUGGAGGGCAAUCCCAUCUGCGUGCAGAUCCCGUGGGACAGAAACCCUGAAGCUCUUGCAAAGUGGGCAGAGGGCCGGACUGGUUUCCCUUGGAUCGAUGCCAUUAUGACCCAGCUGAGGCAGGAGGGGUGGAUACAUCAUCUAGCCAGGCACGGUGUAGCUUGCUUUCUCACGCGUGGAGACCUGUGGAUUAGCUGGGAAGAGGGCAUGAAGGUGUUUGAGGAGUUGUUGCUGGAUGCAGACUGGAGUGUGAAUGCAGGCAGCUGGAUGUGGCUUUCGUGCAGCUCAUUCUUCCAGCAGUUCUUUCACUGUUACUGUCCAGUGGGCUUCGGUCGACGUGCCGACCCUAAUGGAGACUUUAUAAGGCGCUAUUUGCCCAUAUUAAGGGGCUUCCCUGCCAAAUUCAUCUAUGACCCAUGGAAUGCCCCAGAGAGUGUUCAGAAGAUUGCCAAGUGCAUAAUUGGAGUGCACUACCCCAAACCCAUGGUUAAUCACGCUGAGGCCAGCAGGAUAAACAUAGAACGAAUGAAACAGAUCUACCAGCAGCUGUCCUGUUACCGAGGCCUUGGGCUCCUUGCAUCUGUUCCAACCAACACAAGCAACAAUGGUGAUGGUAACAGAGCAGCUUUGGGAGCAGGUCCUUCCUCAGGAGGAAACACACAGGAGAGAAAUCUCAAAAUAGCCAGAGGGACGAGUAUUUUGAAGCGACAUAGCGAAGACCCAGCAUCAGGCAUCACAUCAAAGAUUCUGAGGCAAGACAAUAAUUAGCCACCUCAGACGUCAAGCCAUACACACACACACCUCUCCUCAGGCUAGUUACUUUUCUGAACAGUAGCACAGAGAACAGCUUCUCAACAUGCCCAUCAUUAACUCCUCCAUAAUUAGCUUUGCUCCUUUGUGAUUCGCCAUGGUGUCGUUCCACUUGUAGAGCUUAAGUUACAAUUAAGGUCCAGUGUGGUGGGCCUAGAAACUGUAAACUAAGCCACAUGGCAUACCAUAUGUUGUUACAGCAAUUAAAAAGUCUACAUAAUUUGCCAACUGUAUGUUUAUGAAUUGUGGAGGAAAAUAUUUGUGUUCACAUGGUGUUUGACCAUGCAUUGUCAUAGUCACACAAUCCAAAUGAUUUGCAUUGAUUUCUCUUCCAUUUGUUUGUAUCUUGCAUACCAUUGAGUGU